GCAUCUCCCACUUGCUCCUUAAGAGUUCCACCAGAAACCUCUCUCCUUCACCAUCCGUAACUCCGAUCGCUAGCACAGUGAAGAGCAAGAUGAGCAUUCUCGUGACCAUGACGAAGCUUGUCGACACAUUGAUCGGCCCAGCGGUGAUGCUGCUUUAUCCUCUAUUCUCAUCGAUGCUCGCGAUCAAGUAUCCUUCGCCGGUGGAUUACCAGAAGUGGCUGACCUAUUGGGUCCUCUACGCGCUCAUCACACUCUUCGAGCUCUCCUGCUGGAGAGUCUUGCAGCAGUUUACUCUUUGGCCGGAGCUGAAGGUGGUGUUCUGCAUCUGGUUGGUGCUUCCUUGCUUCGACGGAGCUGCCUACAUCCACGAGAACCACCACAUUCGGAGGUACGUCAGGACCGGCGUCGACGUCGGCUCGGCCUACAUGGGGCUGAAGAGGCGAGUGAUGCAGAUGCUGAGCCUCGACGCGAGUAGAUCGGUGGAGCGAUACCUCGACCGACAAGGCGCAGAAGCUCUCGAGAGAGUCGUCAAAGCAGCGGUGAAGGAAGCGCGGCGACAGUCGAGGAAGCGAAGAAGAUGAUUGAAGGGGCCACUGCCACUGAAAGAUUGAAGUAUCAUGUUCGGUGUAAUAUUGUUCUUGCUCAAAAGUGUUGUAUGUUUUGUGUCACU